AAAACACUUAGAGCAACUCAAAGAAGAAAGUAUGUUAGCUGAGGAACGACAUCAAAAGAGUAUAGAGCAAUUAAAACAAGAAAAAUUAAAUGAGGUUAAUAUUGCCCUGAGUAUUGCACAAAAGGAGAAUCAGAUUGAGACUGAAAAGAAGCUCAAAGAAGCAGAAGCCCUACAUCUUGAUGAGCUGAAAAAAACGAUGGCUAUGCUGAAAGCAGCAGAAGAACAGGUAAAGACUCUCAAGCAAAAACUGGAAAAGCUGACAGAUUGGAAAGACAGUCUGGAAACUGAAAUACAAGCAACAAGACAAGCUUUUCAAAAGUAUAUUGAAGCCACAUUUCCUAACCUGUCCCCUGGACAAGCAGAUUUUAUUCUGCCAUUCAGAAAAGCGUUUCAGCAGAAGGACACCCCAGAAGAAGUAGAGGACAGUGACAAGGAGUAUAAGAGAACCAGUACUGGAAAUGUGAGAUUGACAGCCAUGGGAGAACAGAACUCCAAAUAA